AAUGCACGUUUAUUCACUUUCAAAAGUCAGGAGAAAAACAACGGGAUAAAUAAUCGAACUGUAGCCAAUAUCCUGUGUACUGUUGCUGGAUGAUCCAUAGAUCAAGGAGAGACACAAUAGGAUUAGGAGGAUCAGUGGUAAAUCGAGCUGAGAGCAGCAGAACGGAAGUCUCGCGCUCGCUGUCGAUUGGAUUUCCUGGCUGGCGAACCAGAAUUUGCAGUAACGUCUGAUUAGUCCUUUCGGAUUGGCGCCACUCUCCUGUUUUGGUGCGCCGAGACUCUCCGGCAGCGUUUCUCCCUCGUCUUCUGCAACUUUUCGUCCGAAAUUCGCGGCGAUCGGAAUUUCCCUGUUGCACAAUGGCCUUCAGUUUAUCGAAUUUUCCUCCGGGCACCAGUCUGAUGACGGCGGAUGGGACACCCGUCAUCCUGGAUGCCAAUCAACAGCUAGUCAUCCAGGCCUCCGGGAGCGAGGAGAUCCCCGGGAAAGAAUCCUCGGCGGAGGCGUCCCUGCGGAAUUUCUGGCAGCGCCAGAUGCAUCGGAUUCGUGCCAUGAAACCUGAUGAGUUUCGCCAUCCCGAGCUACCCCUGGCCAGGAUCAAGAAGAUUAUGAAACUGGACGAAGACGUGGGGAUGAUCAGUUCCGAAGCGCCCGUCGUGCUUUCCAAAGCCUGUGAGAUGUUCAUCGAAGAGCUGACACUGCGUGCCUGGCUGCAUGUGGAGGAGAACAAGCGCCGCACUCUGCAGCGCAACGACGUCGCCACGGCCGUCAGCAAGUGCGACCAGUUCGAUUUCCUCAUCGACAUUGUCCCGCGCGAUGAAGUGAAGCCCAAACCGCCUUCCAAAAGCACGCCGCGGUCGGUGUCGGAGGUGCAGUACUUCGUGCAGCAGGGCGGGCAGGUGACCUCGGCGGUGCAGGGCCUGCCCAGCGUGCCCGUGACGCAGCUGCAGUUGGCCGUGCAGGGCAGUGCGCAGCAGACGCUCAGCGUCCAAGAGGGCGCCACGCUCCCCGUCGUCAUCAACAACUCCGCCGGCGAGAUCCAGCAAGCCAACUUGAGUUUGACGGCGCAGCAGAUUGAGGCCAUCCGGCAGUACAUCUCCACCCUGGGCAUCCCCCUGUCGGCCUCCAACCAGAUCGUCAUCCAGGCGCCCACCGGCGGCGGCAGCCAGCUGCAGGUCUCCAUCAAUCCCAACCAGCUGCAGCCGCAGGAAGCCUCCGAUUGACUGUAGUUCCCGAUUUCCUAUCUGCCUAUCUGUUAUCCUGAUGCUGCACCGGCAUCGCCGUUUCCCCACUAAAAACCCGCGCUCUGCAUCUGCAGCCCGACUUUUCCCUUGUAACUUAUUUUCUUCCGCUCUGUUUUUUUGUAAUCUGUUAUUUGUUUUCUCAGUUCAUCUGCACAUAUCCUGUAUCAAACGAUAAUUAAUAAAACCCGCUAACUGAAAUUAAA